AUGAAUGCACAACAACGCGUGGUGCUCGUCACCGGUUGCUCAGAGGGUGGUAUAGGAUUCCAUUUAUGCGAAAAGUUCGCGGAUGCAGGUUGCACAGUCUAUGCCACGGCCCGAAAGAUGGAGUCGAUGGAUUCCCUAACCCAUCCCAACAUUCACAGAUGGACGUUGGACGUAACUAGCGACGAGGAUAUACAAAAAGUGACACAAACCAUCCUUCGAGACGAGGGCCGCAUUGAUAUCUUAGUCAAUAAUGCGGGAUUGCUGGGAUCCAAUCCGAUUUUGGAUGUGAAGCGGGACAUGGCCCUGGAUAUCCUGAACACAAAUGUUGUAGCACCUAUACAGCUUUCCAGAGCUGUUGCAUCCUCUAUGGCGGCUCGAGGACAUGGCCGCAUAAUCAAUAUAGGAUCCAUUUCCGGAAUCAUUCCAACUCCAUGGGAAGGCUUGUAUUGUGCAUCAAAAGCCGCCCUCAACUCGAUCACCGAAACGCUCUGGAUGGAGUGCCAUCCCUUGAACGUCGACGUCAUGCUGGUUACACCUGGUGCCGUCAGGUCAAAAUUAUCCACCAACGCGUCAGGCCGUUUCGCGCUGGCCUCAGACAGUCUGUACAAACCGUACUUGGACCACAUAAUCGCUCGGAUCAACUACAGCCAAGGAAGGGGGUCUAUGCCCACACAGAAAAUGGCAGAACAAGUGGUAACGGCGGCGUUAUCGAAGAAACUACCUCGUUACAUCACUAUGGGCGGAAAUAGUACUAUAGUGCAUCUCCUGGCAUGGUUUCCCCGUGGACUAGUACUCUGGCUUUUUUGGAAGAAAUUUUCCGGUGAAUGGAACUGGGCCUAA